AUUACUGUUUCAUUAGAUACACCGACGCAGCUCACACUAGUUUUUAGCUAGUUAUAUCUCCUGAUCCAUUCAGUUAUCAGCAAAAAUGUAGUUGUGUUUCCGCCGGUGGAUGCAGGGUGGAUGAUAGCUUUAAAUUAAUUCAUUUUACUUUGUCUGAAUGUUUUUUGUCGUUAGAGCUUUGCUGAGCUUGGUGACGUCACUGUUUCACCCCGAAGUCUGUUUCGAUUCCAUCGUGUACGACAUAAUAUAUUGGGCUUUGAUUUGGCAGUUCGAGCUUGAGUUUGUUUGAAUUCUCUAUAGUAUAUGAUUAUAUAACUUCCUUCCUGCUAAUUACAACCUCAACAUCCUUAUCCAAGUUCAUUUGUAAUCAGAGAGAUGUAUGCGCAACCAGCCAUUUCUUCCACAGUUCGUGUUUCGUUUGCAAAUCCAUCUCACCGAAAUACGGACAAUCAAGGACUGUUGGUAUACCGAGAUAACCCCUCAUACGGCUGCAUCAUACCAGUACCACCAGCCUUCAAUCCCACUUACAGUAAUCCCGCACUAACUGCACAACCUGGUUUCCAAGACAACCAACGGCUAAUUGGAACGUCUGCCCGCCGUGUUACCGUUGUCCAACCAGCACCUGUUGUGGUACAUGGCAUAUUUCCUCCUGAUUACUGGGGCCUCUCACUGUUUUCUCUACUGUGCUGUAGUUUGCCACUUGGAAUAUUAGCCUUCAUAUACUCUAGACGGACACGUGAUGCCACCCUAAAUGGUGAUUUUAUCACAGCAGAGUAUUACAGCAAGAAGUCAAAAAUAAUUUCAAUUUGCUCCAUCGUUCUUGGCCUGUUUUGUAUCGUAGUAGCCACCACUAUUGUUCUUGUACUUUAAAUUUUCUAAAGAACGAGAAGAAUAGCUUUGUUUUAUGAGGGUGACAAUCGGGGUACCCAAUUGUCAAUUAACUACAAAUUUUUUGGCCGAAUGGCAGUAAACUGUAAUAAUUUUA